AUGUCUAGAAGGUCCAAUGCAGUAAAUUAUGCAGAAUUAGAUGACGACAACUUUUCCGAUGAAGGAUAUAAUGAACCUAUAGACUUGGAAGAUAAUGAUUAUGGAACAACUUCAAGCAAAAGAAGGAAACAUAGAUCAGCUACUCCAAGUGAGGAUAAUCAAGCUAAGCGCAAAAAAGCGAAAGUUACCGUAGAAGCUUUGAAACAUGAUUUGCAACAAACAUCAAACGCCGAAGAUGAACUAAUAGACAUAACCUCAGAUAUUCCAAAAGAUUAUAUACCCGAUGCAGUAUCAAAAUCAUUUGGAAGGCAAGAUUUUUCUUAUUUAAAAUUAAGACCAGAUCAUUUUUCAAGACCUAUAUGGAUUGCACCUAAUCAGAAUGAUAUAAGAAUAAUAUUGGAAUCAUUUUCGCCAUUAGCAGAACAGGCACAAGAUUUUUUAAUCACUAUAGCAGAACCUAUAUCAAGACCUUCUCAUGUUCAUGAAUAUAAAAUUACGGUUUAUUCAUUAUACGCGGCAGUGUCUGUUGGGCUCGAAACCGAUGAUAUAAUAUCCGUUUUGAAUCGGUUGUCGAAAGUACCGGUGGCAGAUUCCAUUGUACAAUUUAUUAAAGCAGCGACAGUAUCAUAUGGUAAAGUGAAACUAGUUUUGAAAAAUAAUAGAUAUUUUGUUGAAAGUACUCAAGCCGAUGUACUUCAGAUGUUACUUAAAGACGAAGUAAUAGGGCCUUUAAGAAUCCAAUCAACUGAAAAUACUGUCACUAGUAAUGGGUUAGUACAAUCAGCACCUCCUCAAAAUGAUAUAAAUAUUCCAGGAACUAAGAAAAGUGAAACGGAGAAUGGAAAUGACGAAAUUGAAGAUAUAUUUGCAUCAGUCGUUGGAAAUAGAGACGAUGACGAUGAUUUGGAUACAGUUCAUUCGUUUGAAAUAUCUCAUGACUCAGUUGAAAUUGUUAAGAGAAGGUGUCAAGAAAUAGAUUAUCCCGUAUUGGAAGAGUAUGAUUUCCGUAAUGAUGCAAGAAACCCUGAUCUCGAAAUUGAUUUAAAACCUUCAACACAAAUUAGACCUUAUCAAGAGAAAUCAUUAUCUAAAAUGUUUGGUAAUGGAAGAGCAAGAUCUGGUAUUAUUGUUCUUCCCUGUGGUGCUGGAAAAACCUUAGUAGGUAUCACUGCAGCUUGUACUAUAAGAAAAUCAGUCAUAGUCUUGUGCACAUCAUCUGUUUCAGUAAUGCAAUGGAGACAGCAAUUUUUACAAUGGUGUACAAUUCAACCCGAAAAUGUCGCAGUUUUCACAUCUGAAAAUAAAGAGAUGUUUGCUAGUGAAUCUGGUUUAGUAGUGUCUACCUAUUCGAUGGUUGCAAAUACCAGAAAUCGAUCACACGAUUCUCAGAAAGUCAUGGACUUUUUAAGAUCAAGAGAAUGGGGGUUUAUUAUUCUAGAUGAAGUUCACGUUGUGCCAGCAAACAUGUUUAGAAGAGUUGUUACCACAAUUGCAGCACAUGCUAAAUUAGGUUUAACAGCUACAUUAGUCAGAGAGGACGACAAAAUCGAUGACUUAAAUUUCUUGAUUGGACCAAAAUUAUAUGAAGCUAAUUGGAUGGAUUUGGCUCAGAAAGGUCACAUAGCUAACGUCCAAUGUGCCGAAGUUUGGUGUCCAAUGACUUCUGAAUUUUAUCAAGAAUAUUUAAGAGAAAGUGCAAGAAAAAGAAUGUUACUAUAUAUCAUGAACCCUACUAAAUUUCAAGCAUGUCAAUUUUUAAUCCAUUAUCAUGAAAAAAGAGGUGACAAGAUUAUUGUUUUUAGUGAUAAUGUUUAUGCAUUACAAGAAUAUGCCCUCAAGUUGGGUAAACCGUUUAUUUAUGGAUCCACACCUCAACAAGAAAGAAUGAAAAUUUUACAAAAUUUUCAACACAAUGAUCAAAUAAAUACUAUAUUUUUAUCAAAAGUUGGUGACACCUCAAUCGAUUUACCAGAGGCAACAUGCUUGAUACAAAUCAGUUCUCAUUAUGGAUCAAGAAGACAAGAAGCACAAAGGUUGGGAAGAAUUUUGAGAGCAAAAAGACGUAAUGAUGAAGGUUUCAAUGCAUUUUUUUAUUCGUUAGUUUCAAAGGAUACCCAAGAAAUGUACUAUUCGACAAAAAGGCAGGCAUUUUUGGUGGAUCAAGGGUAUGCUUUUAAAGUCAUUACUCAUUUGAGUGGUAUGGAGCAGUUACCUGAUUUAGCAUAUGCAUCAGCCAGAGAGAGAAGAGAGCUUUUACAACAAGUGUUAUUGAAAAAUGAAGACGCUGCUGGAUUAGAGGUUGGAGAUGAUGCUGACACAAACUUUAUUUCUAAGGAGCAAAGGCAAAGAUUGGAAAGACAAAAUGGCAACAAUGGAGCAACACGUACUGCUGGAUCUUUAGCUGGUUUGGCUGGUGGAGAAGACAUGGCAUAUAUUGAGUAUAGUAAAAACAAGAACAAAGAAUUAAGGGAGUCACAUCAUCCAUUGAUUCAAAAGAUGUAUUACAAGAAAAAACAACAACAGCAACAACCACAACAACUGAAAUAG